AUGGAGAAAUCCAACGACGAUACGCCAUUGAUCGACCUGACUGUCGAGCAAGUGGAACCAGAAACACUGCAGUUUUUCCCAGGCGAACGAGCACAUCCGUCGCAAGGUAUUCCUAUGGGCCAUAUGGGCGAAUCAGGGUUGGACGAUCUCCUAGAAUGGCAGCGCAAGCAACGAGGGCAGGAUGUGGACCUACCACGACGGCAACGUCCGCAGCCAUCAACACGCCAAUCACAACGCAAAAUCGCUACGGAAAAGGUAGAAGAGAUGUGGCGGCCCAAUAUACGUACGCUUGGUGCUCGCAAAUCAGACCGAUCUUCGUCCUUGAUGCUCUUUGAUGCUGACCAAGAUGAAUCACCUAUGGAAAGUCAUCCAUCCGCUACGCGUCCCCCACUGACGCAGCCACACUCAUCAACCAGUUCUUCCAAGUUUAGCGAUUUUCUUCGAGGGCCACUGCCCAAUCCAGGAGCAGCAGCCAACUGGGUUCGUCCCAUUCACGACAGUCUACCAGAAAAUGCCCCACAUCCACGCACUACGGUUUCAUCGAAUCAUAUUUUCUCAGAUUUGAUCAGCGGACGUGUUCGUAUGGAGGAUGCUGUGAACGCAGCUAUGCAUGAAAUUCGACAUGCCACAUCGACGUGGAACUCCAAGCGACGAGACAACGCUCAGGUACUGCCCAUGUAG